AUGAAAUUUCAUAACUUUGCGGCUGCGGCCCAAAAUUUUGUCUUCUGCAAACGAUGCAUGCAACAGACACAGCAGCAACCUGCAGCAGCAGCAGCAGCAGCAGCAGCAGCAGCAGCAGCAGCAGCAGCAGCAGCAGCAGCAGCAGCAGCAUGGGAGGAGGAGGAGGAUGAGGAGGAGGAAAUGGUUGCAACGAAAGCAGCAAAUUAUUGCAGCAGCAGCAGCAGCAGCAGCAACAGCAACAGCAGCAGCAGCAGCAGCAGCAGCAACAGCAGCAGCAGCAAGAAGAAGCAGCAGCAGAAGCAACAAAGGAUAACAGUAAUAUACAUAAUAACAACAAGCAGCAGCAGCAGCAGCAGCAGCAGGAGCAGCAGCAACAGCAGCAGCAGCACUAUACACAACACCAACCUGCAGCAGCAGCAGCAGCAGCAGCAGCAGGAGCAACAAAUGAUUGCAGCAGCAGACAAAAUAAAACAAAAACAAAACAAAAACAAAAGAAAAACAAAAGAAAAAUAA